AUGACCGGCCGAGGGAAAGGAAAAGCGUCGGGCACCAAGGCAAAGAGCAGGUCCAGCCGAGCAGGUCUUCAGUUUCCAGUCGGCCGCAUCCACCGACUCCUUCGCAAAGGAAACUAUGCAGAGCGUGUCGGGGCGGGUGCUCCCGUGUACUUGGCCGCUGUGCUCGAGUAUCUAAGUGCUGAAAUUCUAGAGUUAGCCGGAAACGCCGCUCGUGACAACAAGAAGACCAGAAUCAUUCCCAGACACCUGCAGUUGGCCGUCCGAAACGACGAGGAAUUGAACAAACUUCUAGCUGGUGUAACGAUCGCCCAGGGCGGUGUUCUUCCCAACAUACAGGCCGUGCUGCUACCCAAGAAGGCCGAGAAGAAGCACCAUUGACAACAUCAAACCAUAAAACGGCUCCUUUAGGAGCCACCAAACCUCGAAAAAGUCGUGAUCAGUGAAAAAAUCCAUUUACUCCAAUUGACACUCGUACAUGCACACACAAGCGCUCGCGUCUUUACUUUGUCAUCGAUCAAAACAAAUCGUUUCAGUUCAGCUAGUGUCCAUCGCUUACAUUCCGUAUUUUUGAUCCCAAACUAGUAAAAGAAAUAAAAAGCAAAUAAAAAAAUCAAACAGACGGAAUGAAAGACAAUUCAAAUCAGCUUUUUUUUUUUUGGAAACAUUGCCGGCGACUUUGUUUUCCUUUCGUUUGGUUGGACGACGGUAAUUUGGAUUUGCAAAAUGCCUCGACACAUUUGCAGCCCGCUCUUGUCUCUCUCUCUUUCAAUUGUUGGAGUGUGGAAUUUGCGAAUUGCAUAAACUGCUUUCCUACCUGUCAAGACAGAGAAACGCAUUUGAGUUUGAAUGGUACGAUCGCUGAUCACAAGUUUGCGUGGUUGUUGCAAACCCGCUUUAAUCUUUUCUAUUCCUUGCCAUCCCCGUUCCAAUAAGGAACGAGGUACUUUUAUUGGGGCUAUUUUUAUUGGGGCUUUUUUGGGGCUAAUUUUGCAUAGCAAGACAAGCGACUCGAAAUGUGUGUGUUAAUGAAAUGUGUUAAUGAUCAGAACUAACGUACUUGGAGAACGGUGCGAUCACGCGUGGUUCCAUUGCGUGGAAACGUAAUAGAAUUUGAGUAGAACGUUCGCUGAACCCAGCUUUGCACGGCUUUUGAAACUCCAAUUUACUACUUCCUAUUUCCUGCCAUCCCAGUUCCCUGUUGGAACGAGAGACUAUUUGGCACACCACGACAAGCGACUCGAGUUACACUGCAUUAACGCUAACACAAGGAUUAGGAGAAACGUUGAGAGCAGAAAAAUAUCGCCCUUUGACUCGUUGUUCAAACACAGGGUUUGACCAUCACUGUGGCUGAUCACGACUUUCGCAUGAGGUGGUGGCUCCUAAAGGAGCCGUUUAUCAGUUCUCAGAGGUUUCCGUGA